AUGUCGUCUUCUGAGGGGAAUAAUACGCCGAGUCCAUCGAGUGUCGCCUCAUCAUCACAACAACCUCCGGCGUUACCAUCAAGCUCAUCAUCAUCACAAUUGCAACUUGCAACAGGAAAGAACGCAGUAAAAAGGGAAUCACCACAAUUAAAAGUUGAAAAUAUUGCCAGAGCCAGUUUUUGCAGUACACCAAAACCGUUGGCGCCGCCUACUUCGAUAUCCGAAUGGCAAUUGUUGGCUGUUCUACAACGAGCAAAUCUUGUACAGUACUACGAUAUGUUUAUAUCACAAGGAGGAGAUGACAUCAAUCAAAUAAUGCAAUGCGAUGAAGGAGAAUUUUUGGAAAUUAUGUCACUUGUAGGAAUGCUUUCAAAACCUUUACAUGUCCGGCGGUUACAACGAGCACUAACAGAAUUCUCGAAAGAUCAGACGUCCUUCAACUUAGCCGCCAUACAACACAUCGGCCCACCACCUGUAUCACCAUACUCCUUAAGUGGUCCUGACAUGUCAUUUUUAAUGCCUGGGUUUGCGGCAACACUGUCAAAUUUGUCGUCAUCGUCGCCGGGACUAGCUUCCACGUCGACGGAGACGACGUCACCGCAGAAUGGGAACGCCACCCACAACUCGGUACCGUUGGCGAUCGAACUCUCCGCUGCUGUGCUCGGUACUAUGGCCACUUCUGUCACAAUCAGCAGCGGGGGGAACGCCGGCGCCGCCGACUUCGGCUGCACCAACACCGUCCCCGGAGGAACCGCCAACGUGGUUCGCGGGGAAUUUUUGCCGGCCUUCGGACAGGGACCGGUUACCGGCGAAGAGAAAGAGAGGUCGUCCAGCCCUGUUUCAGUAGGUGGUGACUUCGUGUCUCUGGGAGAUUAUGAUCCGAGUUCUGCUUUGUGCGAUUCGCCUGUUUUGUCCGACGCGCAGAUUCGUCGCCUUUCCAACUGCGCAAUGGCGAUAUGUCAGAAAAUUCCACGACUGCCUCCGAAACUCGUACAGAACAAGAAACGAGUGUCAAAAGAGGUUCUCGAUCUUCUCUCUGCUUCUGCCGAUUCACCGAAUCGCCUAGCUGAAUAUCGUAAAUAUUCGGCGAUCUACGGUCGAUUUGAUGCAAAAAGGAAGCCGGACAAGGGUCUUUCGUUCCACGAAGUAUCUGUGAAUGAAGCUGCUGCUCAAUUAUGCCUGAUUAUGCCUUCACUACUCACAAGAAGAGAUGAGUUGUUCCCGUUGGCAAGACAGGUGGUGAAAGACGCUGGAUAUCAUUAUGCGAAAGCGAGUCGUAAACGUGGAUUCGAUGUUGUCGAUUCGCAUUCUCCACAGAGCAGUCCUACACAAAGCCCAUGUCCUGGUGACGAUAACGACACAGAAGCUGACAAUGUGUUCGCAUCAACAAAGCAGUCCGAGGAGAAAAGGAAGAAGUCCGAAAGUGCGCAGGAGAAGGGCACGUAUCUGGAGCGUUGGGCGAGCUCAAUGCUCGCAUCACAGCAGUCAGCAUCAAACUCUCCCAGAGGCACGCAGUGA